UCCACAGGUAAUAAGGGGACCUUCAAAAUGGAGUCGCUUUCCGAAGAAAUGUGUGCAGGAAUGCAACACAUGUCAGAGUCAGUGUUUGUGGGACUAUGCGAGAUAGUUGGGACCUCAACUCAGGUGGCCAUGAGGAGAGAGACAGUGGAUAUUAAGGAGAUGUUGGAAAGAAGAGUAACUGCUAGCUAUGCAUAUAUCGAAAUGAUGAGUGGAAGUAACAGAGAAGGUUUCAGACUUAAGGGAUCAGAUGUGGACGUUAUGUACUGGCCAAACAACCACCGAGUGAUCAUGGACAUGUCUCAGUCUGAGUAUUACAACAAAGCCAAUACAACGUUGAUUCUCUCAGAAAGUUCUGAGAGUCCACCAGGAUUCACUCUACUUCAGUUACUGACACAAACCACAUACAAAGAGGUCCAAUCAGCAUGUGUCAGAAUGAAUGGCAGAACCUAUAUAUCUAGCUCUAAAUACAGACAGUUAACUUGUUCGGCUACACUACCUAAUUCCGUUGUACAUGGACCCUGUGGUAGCGGUGAUAUUGGACAGGAAGUGGAGUAUGACACUGCUUUUUGUUUUGUUAGUGACGUUUGGCCUCCAUCUGCCUCAUCAUGGAAAGAUAGAUGCCACUCAUGGCCUUAUCCUGAAGUCGUUGAUGACAUCGUCAGAAGUGGAUGUCACUUUGUAGCAAUAGGACACCCAUUAGGACUCCAUGAACAAGAAGAAUGGAGGAUGUCUUUUUCUCAGGCAGAGAACAGGUGUGUGUAUGCAAUGGACCACUAUCAGUUUUUGACUUAUGGAUUGCUAAAACUGUUUUUAAAAGAAGUUGUAAAUCAACAAUCAGAAGAAACCAAAGGACUGCUAUGUUCCUAUCACAUGAAGACAACAAUUUUCUGGGCAAUUCAACAAAACACAGUGUCCAACUUGUGUCCACAAAAUUUUCUGGCUGGUUUCUGGGUCUGCUUUAAACUCCUCCUUAAAUGGGUGUAUGAGGGGGUCAGUCCUAAUUUUUUUUAUCCCGCAAAACAACCUGUUUCUAACUAAGGUCCAU